CGCGCCGGGAGCGCAGCGCGGAGCGGAGCGGGGCUGCAGGAGCGCGGCUGCCGCCGGUCCCCACCCGUGUCCUGCCCGUGUCCCCCCGAUCCCCGCGCGUCCCCUUGGUCCCCCCGGGCCCCGCGGGUCCGCAGCGGGCCGGAGCAUGGCUUGGGGCGAGCUCGGGCUGCUCCGCUGGCUGCGGGAGAGCCGCCAGUCCCGCAAGCUCAUCCUGCUCAUCGUCUUCAUCGCGCUGCUGCUGGACAACAUGCUGCUCACCGUGGUCGUGCCAAUAAUUCCCAGUUACCUUUACAGCAUCGAACACCAGAAAAACGCCACAGAAAUCCAGACUGCUAAACCCAACCUCCCCUCAGCAACCGUGGACAAUUUCCAGAGCAUCUUCUCCUACUACGACAACUCCACCAUGCUCACUGGAAACGAGUCUGACAGGACACAGCCUGCGGAGCUGCCUCAGAGCCAGACAGAGCCCAUGGCUGUCAGGGUGACUCCGGCCCCCUCCGACUGCCCCAAGGACGACAAGGAGCUGCUGAACGAGAACGUCCGUGUUGGCCUCUUGUUUGCUUCAAAAGCAACAGUGCAGCUGAUGACCAACCCCUUCAUAGGGCCCCUGACUAACAGAAUAGGCUACCAGAUCCCACUGUUUGCUGGCUUCUGCAUCAUGUUUGUGUCAACAAUCAUGUUUGCCUUCUCUGGAAGCUAUGCACUGCUAUUUAUUGCCAGGUCCCUGCAAGGAGUGGGUUCCUCUUGUUCUUCUGUGGCAGGGAUGGGAUUGCUUGCCACUGUUUACACGGAUGAUGAAGAGAGAGGCAACGCGAUGGGAAUUGCCCUUGGAGGCCUGGCUAUGGGAGUAUUAGUGGGCCCCCCUUUUGGGAGUGUCAUGUAUGAGUUUGUGGGGAAGAGCUCUCCCUUCCUGGUGCUGGCAGCCCUGGCUCUGUUUGAUGGAGCUGUUCAGUUACUUGUCCUGCAGCCCUCCAGAACACAGGCAGAAAGUCAGAAGGGGACACCUUUGCUGACACUUCUGAAGGACCCCUACAUCAUUAUUGCAGCAGGCUCCAUCUGUUUUGCAAACAUGGCUAUUGCUAUGCUUGAACCAGCUUUACCCAUCUGGAUGAUGGAGACCAUGUGCUCAAAAAAAUGGCAGCUUGGCGUCGCUUUUCUUCCAGCCAGCAUCUCUUAUCUCAUUGGGACCAAUCUUUUUGGGAUACUUGCACACAAAAUUGGAAGGUGGCUUUGUGCUUUACUCGGGAUGCUAAUCGUGGGAAUAAGUAUUUUAUGUGUACCAUUUGCUAAAAACAUUUAUGGGCUCAUAGCACCAACUUUUGGAGUUGGAUUUGCCAUAGGGAUGGUGGACUCCUCCAUGAUGCCAAUCAUGGGCUACCUGGUGGAUCUGCGCCACGUGUCAGUCUAUGGCAGUGUGUAUGCCAUAGCUGACGUUGCCUUCUGCAUGGGUUUUGCCAUUGGUCCCUCUGCUGGUGGUGCCAUUGCCAAGGCCAUUGGAUUCCCAUGGCUCAUGACAAUUAUAGGAAUUGUGGAUAUCAUCUUUGCUCCCCUGUGCUUUUUCCUUCGAAGUCCACCUGCCAAAGAGGAGAAAAUGGCAAUACUCAUGGAUCACAACUGUCCUGUGAAAACAAAAAUGUACACCCAGAACAACAUCCAGUCCUACCCCAUAGGUGAAGAAGAGGAGGAAUAUGAAAGUGAUGAAUAACAGAAAAGCCAUAUAACAUAUUUAGGUGUACAAAAUGCUGUGGUUCAUGUGAAACAUCUCAUCCAGAAAUAGGUUUUAGCUGUACUGUACAUUUAAUAGUGAAAUGGUCAGAAAAACCAAAGGUAUAUUAUUUAUUGGUGACUAUAAAGCAGACUGCAAACCACCUUAUGGGGGGAAAGAGCUUUUAUAGACCAUUUGUAUAGUGUUACUCUUUGUGUAUUUAAUUUUAUUGAAUAUUACACUCUAUUUUUUAUUAAAUGUGUAGCAUAAAUCUGUAUAAAAUGUGAAUUUUAAUAAUUUGGUUUUUAAAGUCACCUCAUGGACAGUAUUUCAUAUUUUAUUUGA